AUGUCUAGCAAAGAUGUUAGCCAAGAAAAUAUAAAAGUAUCAGGUGUUUCUUCCUUUGACUGGGAUUCUGAUACCCGAAAUCCAUACAAUUGGUCUGCGGCGAAAAAAGCCUUUAUCUUCCUGACGACAAUGCUGGUCGUUCUCAACAGCAGCAUGGGGAGCUCGUUGACUGGUAAUGCCAUUCAAUUCAUUACCAAGGAAUUUGCUGUGGAGUCUCAAUUGCAAAAGGCAUUGCCAAUGUCUAUAUUUCUAGUCGGUCCAAUUGUAUGGGCGCCACUCAGUGAAGAGUUUGGACGUCGUUUAAUUGUUAUUGUGACUUUCCCCCUCUUUGCAAUAUUCACAAUGGCUUGCGCCUUGGCCCCUACGUGGACGUCAUUUUUGGUCUUCAGGCUUUUUACGGGAAUCUUUGGAAGCUCAAUCGUCGCACUUGGUCCUGGUAUUCUAGCGGAUAUUUACCAAGAUCCCAAGGCUAGAGGUUGGAGUAUAGCCGUCUUUAUGGGAGUCACCGGCUUUGGCCCCAUGCUGGGACCUAUCGUGUCGGGCUUUACCUCGCCACUUUUGGGUUGGCGUUGGUCUUUCUGGGUUGCCCUGAUCUGUGCAGGAGUAACACUGAUCUUUGUUGUGUUUUUCCCCGAAACUUAUGCAGCAACCAUUGUGGUGAAAUGUGCCCCUGAGAAUUCGAUGAUUCCUCGACCGAUAGCCACUGGCAUUUCCAACAAACAAAACAGAUCAUGGAGACGCGUUAUCAGUGACGUACUGCUACGUCCCCUUUACCUUCUUGUCACAGAACCUAUUGUUAGUGCCUGCUCUAUGUACUUGGCCCUGUGCUAUUCCAUCUUUUACAUGUCAUUCAACGUCUUCCCGGCUGUCUUCCAGCAACUCUACGGUCUAUCACCAGGUCAAUGUGGAUUGGUCCAGCUGACAAUUGGUGCCGGCUGUGUGUUAAGUCUGCCGAUAUAUUGGAUGUAUGAGCAAAUCUUGCGCUGGGUGGUCCGCGGCUCCGUUGGGGGUCUCAAGGAAGAAUACUAUCGUCUACCGCUUGCCUGCUUAGGUGGCCCAUUAUUUGUGAUAUCCCUUUUCUGGCUGGGUUGGACUUCCCGUAUCGACGUGCAUUUCGCAGUACCUAUGGUAGCCGGUAUUCCUUUUGGAAUGGGCUUCAUGUGUAUCUUCAUUGCUAUUCUGAACUACGUUACCGACGCAUAUCAGAUGUUUGCAGCAUCAGCCAACGCAGCUUCAAGUUGCAGUCGCUCAUUUCUUGCGACAUUUCUUCCCCUGGCUAGUUAUCCGAUGCUUUCACAUCUGGGAAUUGCAGGAACUUGCAGUCUCUUAGGCGGACUCAGCGCAGUGAUGUCCGUUAUUCCUUUCCUCUUGAUAUGGAAAGGUGAGGCCAUCCGUUCGCGGUCACACUUCUGCAAUACACUAAAGGAUCAACAUAAAACGACUGAGACAUCUCCAAGUCCGGUGGCUGGGGAGCCGUGA